AUGGAUCCAUGUUACAACCAUACAAGCUCUCAAAAAACGAUGGACUUUCCCCUGCAACUGCUGAUUGGGUCCUGCCUUGUCAUCCUGAUCGUGCUCAUUCUCUGUGGUAACAUCAUCGUCUGCCUGGCCGUCACCCUUGACCGCCGGCUCCGCAGCCUGACGAACUGCAUCAUCGUCUCCUUGGCCAUCACUGACCUGCUGCUGGGCCUCCUGGUGCUGCCAUUCUCUGCCUUCUAUGAACUCACCAAAGAGUGGCCUUUUGGCAGCAUUUUCUGCAACAUCUACACCAGCCUGGACGUCAUGCUGUGCACAGCUUCCAUCCUCAACCUCUUCAUGAUCAGCCUGGAUCGCUACUUUGCCGUCACCACCCCACUCCGCUAUAGACAAGUGGUCACUUCUUUCAGGGUGACUGUGGGUUUGGUUAUUAUUUGGACUGUUUCACUGAUGGUCUCCUUCCUACCCAUCCACCUGGGCUGGAACACCAAUGGGACAGCAGUCCAAAACACAGUCCCCGUCUGCAACAAGGAGUGCAAGCUGGAGGUGAACCCUGUGUAUGGGCUAGUGGACGCCUUGCUCACCUUUUACAUCCCUUUGGUCGUCAUGUGCAUCACCUACUACCGGAUACUCAAGAUUGCAAGGGAGCAAGUCAAGAGGAUAAAGCACACAUGGUGCAACACCUCCAUGUCACCCAUGGUGAAGGAGCACAAAGCUGCUAUGACACUGGCAGUGGUGUUGGGAGCAUUUGUCGUGUGCUGGUUCCCCUAUUUCACUGUGUUCACGUACCGGGGGGUGACAGGGGACAGGAGGGUGGAAGGCACAACCAUGUCCAUUGUUCUCUGGCUGGGCUAUGCCAACUCAGCCCUGAAUCCCAUCCUCUAUGGGACACUUAACAGGGAUUUCCGACUGGCAUACGAACACUUGCUGCACUACUGCAGGACAGGGGGCCCCAGGAGCUCCUGCCUGCCUCCCCUCCAGAAGGUCCAGUCCAGGGGCAGGCAGGACCAGGGCAGCCAGGAGGGUAAACCCCUGAAACUGGAGAUGAGGAACAAGGGGAUCCUGCUGACUGAUGGAGCCCUCAAGAG